AUGAACACAACAACUACGAUUCCAACUACAGCUCCAACCACUACUCAGCAACUAGUGACUCUUGAUAUUCCAGUGAACGCUCGAUGGGUACAAAACGGGGUAACCGUUGCUGGAGGUAAUGUGACCAGCGAUCUCACUUUUCAACUCUAUCACCCUCACAGUGUUGUCGUUGUCGAUGAUCAAACGAUAAUUAUCUCUGACCAGUAUAAUCAUCGUAUCAUCCAAUGGAAGAUCGACGAUAUAAAUGGACGAGUAGUGGCUGGUAGUCGUGGCCAAGGAACUCGAUUGGAUCAAUUAGAUGCACCAACCUACGUGGUGAUUGAUAGAGAAACGGAUAGUCUCAUUAUUUGUGAUCGGUGGAAUAAACGAGUCGUACGAUGGUCUCGUCGUCGUGGCACAGCUCAAGGUGAAGUCCUCCUUGACAUGAUCGACUGUUUUGGAUUGGUCAUGGACGAUAAGAGAUAUCUCUACAUUUCUGACGUCAAAUACCAUGCAGUAAGACGAUAUCAAAUAGGAGAGAAAUAUGGAAUUCUUGUAGCUGGUGGUCAUGGUAUGGGUAAUGGUCUCAAUCAAUUCAACGAACCAACCUUCAUUUUUGUUGAUCAACAGCAGGCUGUGUACGUGUCGGACCAUCGGAAUCAUCGUGUGAUGAAAUGGAAUAAAGGUGCAACAGAAGGUAUUGUCGUCGCUGGAAGUCACACUGAAGGGGAAGCUUUAACGCAAGUGUGA